AUGGCUUCCAAGAAGAAGAUUGCCGUCAUGACCUCGGGAGGUGACUCUCCCGGCAUGAAUGGUGUCGUCCGCGCCGUCGUCCGCACCGCCAUCCACAUGGGUUGCGAUGCCUUCUGCAUCUACGAGGGCUACGAGGGUCUCGUCCGUGGCGGUGACCUGAUCCGCAAGAUGGAGUGGGACGACGUGCGUGGCUGGCUGUCGGAGGGCGGCACCCUCAUCGGCACAGCCCGCUGCAUGGCCUUUUACGAGCGUCCCGGACGCCUCACGGCCGCCAAGAACAUGAUACUCAACGGCAUCGACGCCCUCAUCAUCUGCGGCGGCGACGGCUCCCUCACCGGUGCCGACAGGUUCCGCGCCGAGUGGCCCUCUCUCAUCGACGAGCUCGUCGCCAACGGCGAGCUGACGUCGGCUCAGGUCAAGCCCUACAGGCAUCUCAACAUUGUAGGCCUCGUCGGUUCCAUCGACAACGACCUCUCCGGCACCGACGCCACCAUCGGCUGCUACUCGUCCCUCGCCCGCAUCUGCGAGAUGGUCGACUACAUCGAGGCCACGGCCUACUCCCACUCCAGGGCCUUCGUCAUCGAGGUCAUGGGCCGUCACUGCGGCUGGCUCGCCCUCAUGGCCGGCGUCGCUACCGGUGCCGACUUUGUCUUCAUCCCCGAGCGUCCUAGGGGCACCAACUGGAAGGAGGAGAUGUGCACCGUCGUCCGUCGUCACCGCAAGAUGGGCAAGCGCAAGACCAUCGUCAUCGUCGCCGAGGGCGCCCGCGAUCAGAACGGCACCAAGAUCACCCCCGAAGAGAUCAAGGACCUCCUGGCCGACAAGCGCGAGGGCGGCCUAGGACUAGACACGAGAAUCACCACGCUGGGUCACGUCCAGCGCGGGGGCACCGCCGUCGCCUACGACCGCAUGCUCGCCACCCUGCAGGGUGUCGAGGCCGUGCACGCUGUGCUCGAGGCCACGCCCGAGACGGAAACGUGCUUCAUCGCCAUCAACGAGGCCAAGAUUGUCCGCAAGCCGCUCAUGCAGGCCGUCAAGGCGACCAAGGAGGUGGCCAAGGCUGUCGACUCCAAGGACUUUGACACGGCCAUGAAGCUGAGGGACACCGAGUUUGCCGACCAGUACAACUCGUACGUGACUACUACCAGCGUUCUCGUCGAUGAUUCCAAGAUUCCCCAGAAGGACCGCAUGAGGAUUGGUUUCAUCAACGUCGGUGCCCCCGCCGGCGGCAUGAACGCCGCUGUGCGCAGCGCCGUCGCCUACUGCAUCAGCCGCGGCCACGAGCCGGUUGCGAUCCACAACGGCUUCGCCGGCCUGGCCCGCCACCACGACGACAAGCCCGUCGCCGCCGUCCGGCCCUUUGACUGGCUCGAGGUGGAGGGCUGGGCCAGCAAGGGCGGCUCGGAGAUUGGCACGAACCGCGAGCUCCCGGCGGAGUCGGGCAUGGAGCUCAUCGCCAGCCUUCUCGAGAGGUACAGGUUUGACGCCCUCUUCCUGGUGGGCGGCUUCGAGGCCUUCCACGCCGUCUCGCAGCUGCGCGCGGCCCGCGACGAGUUCCCGUCGCUGUGCAUCCCCAUGGUCCUCCUCCCGGCGACGAUCUCGAACAACGUUCCGGGAACGGAAUACUCGCUCGGCUCGGACACGUGCCUGAACGAGCUGGUCAACUACUGCGACAAGAUCAAGCAGUCGGCCUCGGCGACCCGACGACGCGUGUUCGUCAUCGAGACGCAGGGCGGUCGGUCGGGCUACAUCGCCACGCUGGCGGGCCUGGGGGUCGGCGCCAUCGCCGUGUACACGCCGGAGGAGGGUGUGAGCCUGCAGAUGCUCAACGCCGACGUGAUGCACCUCAACGAGGUCUUCCGCAAGGACAAGGGCCAGUCGCGGGCCGGACGCCUGAUCCUCAUCAACGAGAAGGCGAGCAAGGUGUACGACGCCAAGCUCAUCGCGAGCAUCAUCCGCGACGAGGCGCACGACCGGUUCGAGAGCCGCGAGUCGGUGCCCGGACACGUGCAGCAGGGUGGCGUCCCGUCGCCGAUGGACAGGUGCCGGGCCGUCCGUCUGGCCAUCAAGUGCAUGCAGCACCUCGAGAAGUUUGGGACCGACGCGGCCGAGAGGGUGAGGCAGGAUCCGCAGAGUGCUAGCGUCAUCGGCAUACAGAGCGCCGAGGUGGUAUUCUCGCCGAUGGUGGACCUCGAGGACGACAAGGUGACGGACUGGUCCAACAGGAGGCCCAAGGAGGCUCCCUGGAUGGAGAUGCGCAGCGUGGUGGACAUGCUCGGGGGAAGGCCGGACUACCCCAAGCCUUCCAAGGGUCUGCAGGGCUGGGCUGUGCUUGUCCGGCUGUGCACUACGGGUACUGCCAUCAUUACACCACUGCGAUACGGCGUGAAAGGCAGUAGAGCACUAUAA